AUCACGUUGGAUUGCAUUCUGAUUUUCCUCAACAACAAAUCCUCUUUUCCAACAUGGUAUCAAAGCUAGCAACGAUCAGCUAGUCGAUCCAAUUUCUUUCUCCCGCUUGCGUUUCCUUUCUCGUGUAAAACACUCUGUUUUUUUUUUCUCUUCUUUCUCUGCCGAAACCAUGUCUGGCGAAUCUGAAGUUCAUGACAGCGCCGUCUCUUCCAUUGUUCCAGCCAUUGUGACAUUCAAUCCUGCUGCUCAACUUCCAUUGAAGCUGACACCGUCUAACUUCGCCUCUUGGCGCUCCCAGCUUGAGACGCUGCUUCUCGGUCUCGAUCUCUUCGGCUACAUCGACGGCUCCACCAUUGCACCUGAUCGCACCAUAACAGAGAACGGUGUGGCCAAACCCAAUCCCGCUUUUCAGCUUUGGUUCCGCCAGGACAAGCUGAUACUUCAUGCUCUGCGAUGCUCGAUCUCGGAAGGGAUCUAUUCUUUUGUUUCAGGCGCUUCUACAUCCCGCGCUGCCUGGCAGAUUCUGGAGAAGCUUUACGCCAGCAGUGCUCAGUUCCGCAUUAUUCAUCUCAAGGGGAAACUGGCCAAAACCUCCAAGGGAAAUCGAGACAUCCUGGCCUUCGUCAAUGAUUUGAAAAGCACGGCGGCAGAGCUUGCUCUCAUUGGAGCUCCUGUCUCCGAUCUUGAUUUGAUCGUCUACUGCCUUCGAGGCCUGGGCGAAGAGUACGGGGCGUUUGCUGCUGCGAUUCGUGCUAGAGGACCAGGGCUCGUUCUGGAAGACUUGAUUGACUCCCUAGUCGAAUACGAAUCUGAUCUUAAGGAACAAAUUAAGUCCCCUGUUCCUACUGCUUUCUUUUCUCAGGGGCAGCGAUUUUCAGGCGGCGGCGGGGGCACUGGGAACCCUUCUUUCGGCCGCCAGCAGCGAGGAAGCUCUUCACGCGGGCCAUCCUCUUCGCGGGCUUACUCACCUCAGGCCCACGCUGAUUCUCCACGGGCCUCCAGCCCACAGGCCACCUUAUUUUCCUCUCCUGGGCAGGCUUUGCCCACCAACCACAAUCAGCGCCGGCCCACUGUCAUAUGUCAAUUUUGCGAACGUCCAGGUCAUUCUGUACGUCAGUGUUUCAAGCUCUUUCCGCAAGAACGCCAAACCUAUCAAGCUCGACAAACUCAGGCGCAUCAUACCACCACUCGUGUUCCGCCAUCGGCGCCUUGGUUGCUCGACUCUGCAGCUUCUCAUCAUGUGACCCCAGAUCUCGGAAAUUUGUCUCUUUAUUCAGACUACAAUGGUCCUGAUGAGAUACUCGUCGGUGAUGGCACAGGUUUGAAAAUCACACAUAUUGGGUCCUCCAUGCUCCAGAAUUCUGCUUUACAUUUAAAAGAUGUGCUUUGUGCCCCUGCAAUCAAGCGUAAACUUAUCUCUGUCGCAAAACUUUGUCGUACUAAUCCCAUUUCGGUGGAAUUUUUUGCUGAUUGUUUUGUUGUGAAAGAUCUUCGCACGGGGGCGCCUCUGCUGAAAGGAGCAAAUAAUGGGGAUGUCUAUGAGCUGCCGCAUGAAAUGGAUACCGUCCGCCUUGCUCUUGUCACCACCCGCACCUCCUCUACCUCAUGGCAUGCUCGUCUUGGUCACCCUUCCUCCCAUUCUCUAUCCAGUCUUCUUCGCACACAUUCCUUGCCAGUAGCUUCCUCUUCUGUCAGUAGUCCUUGCGAUUCAUGUCUUUCAAAUAAGAGUCACAAACUCCCUUUUGGUGUCUCCUCUUUAUCAAGCAACAGACCAUUUGAUUUAUUGUAUACGGAUGUUUGGGGGCCUGCUCCAGUGACCUCCAUUGAUGAUUUUCGUUAUUACUUGAUUAUCGUUGAUCAUUUUUCCCGCUAUACAUGGUAUUAUCCUUUAAAACGUAAAUCUGAUGUUCUUGAUGUGUUUCUUGCCUUUCGCACGAUGGUUGAGAAUUAUUUUUCCACCACCAUCCGACGUCUAUAUUCUGAUGGUGGAGGAGAAUUCCAGAAGUUAAGUUCCAUGCUUCUUGCUCAUGGGAUUAGUCAUCUCCUUACUCCUCCCCAUACGCCUGAGCAUAACGGCCUGGCCGAACGGAAACACCGUCAUAUUGUUGAAACUGGUAUCACUCUCCUUCAUUAUGCUCAUUUACCUACCAUCUUUUGGUCGUAUGCUUUCUCUACUGCCGUUUACUUAAUUAAUCGGUUGCCUUCCUCCGCUCUCCGUGGUCAAAUCCCUUAUACUGCCCUCUUCAACAUUGUGCCCAAUUAUCAUAAACUUCGCAUUUUUGGCUGUCUGUGCUACCCCUGGUUACGACCAUACUCGUCUCAUAAACUUGAUCCUCGCUCCCGUCCAUGCCUGUUCCUUGGUUACUGUCCGCAGAGGAGUGCGUACAAAUGUUUCGAUCCCCACUCCAAUCGUGUUUUUCUAUCCCGUCAUGUUCACUUUGUUGAAACUUCGUUUCCUGGCUAUUUAUCUAACCCUCCUGCAGAGUCUUCCCUCGUGGCCUCAUGGAUCACAGAUACUGGCCCCUCCAUUACCACAAUCCCAUUUCAUGUGACAUCCCCGACUGCUCCUCCCAGCCGGGCCCCCUCUAGCGCAGGCCCUUUGCACUCAACAUCACCAACUGGGCCGCCCCAGCCCGCUGGCCCAUCCUCCUGCCCUGGGCCCCCGCCCCCCUCUUCCUCUGGCCCAUCGCCGGCCCCCAGCGCCCUGCCAGGCCUGUCCUCCGGCUCUGGGCCCGUGCCCUCCUCUUUCUCGGGCCCAACGCCCGGCCACAGCACCCCGCUCUCUUCUCCGAAUACGCUGGCCACUGCUGCUCCCAACCAGCCGGCCCAGUUACAGGGCCCAGCCUCACCUGCGCCCACAAUGCAGCGGCCCACUGCCCCACCACCUGUCCAGCGCUCCCAUCAGAUGCGCACUCGGGCCCAAGCUGGCAUUCACAAGCCCAAGCGGCUCUUCUCAGCAUUAUUUACCACCCGGACGCCACCUCUAGAGCCCCGUUCAGUUAAUGAAGCCAUGCAGUAUACUGAAUGGGACUCCGCUCUUCGCACUGAGCACAAUGCUCUUCUUCGCAAUCAUACAUGGGAUCUUGUACCUCGCCAACCUCACUUUAAUGUUCUGGGCAACAAAUGGGUCUACCGGAUUAAGCAUCAUUCUGAUGGCUCGAUCAAUCUCUUCAAAUGCCGCCUUGUUGCGAAGGGAUUUCAUCAACGCCCCGGGGUGGAUUUUCAGGAUACAUACAGUUCGGUCGUCAAACCUGUGACAGUCCGCACGGUUUUCACUAUUGCUCUCUCUCAGAGUUGGCCCAUUAAACAGUUUGACAUCAACAAUGCUUUCCUUCAAGGCCCACUCGAUGAUGAGGUCUACAUGGUCCAACCUCCCGGCUUUGUUGAUCCGUUACAUCCGCACCAUGUUUGUCGCCUACGUCGUGCUAUCUAUGGCUUACGUCAAGCUCCACGGGCCUGGUACACUGCUCUCAGUUCUUUCCUCAUUGAGUUUGGCUUCAGGAAGACUGAAUCUGAUGCAUCACUCUUUGUUUAUCAGCAAUCGGGCAUUAUUCUCUAUUUUCUGGUAUAUGUUGACGAUUUAUUGCUCACCGGCAAUGAUGUUGCCGCUCUGACAGCCUUCCAGACAGCUCUUGCCCACAAGUUUUCACUCAAGGCACUGGGAGAUGUGAAUUACUUUCUGGGCAUCGAAGUUAUACCGACAGCGACGGGCUAUAUUCUCUCUCAGCACAAAUAUAUGACCGACAUUCUUGCCCGAUUUCAUAUGUUAGAUGCAUCUCCGGUCUCCACGCCCCUUGCGUCCUCUGCUUCCUUGUCUCUUCAUGACGGCACCGAUCCGACCGAUGCUACACGAUUCCGGCAAGUACUGGGUGCUCUGCAGUACCUCGUCUACACCCGUUCGGACAUUGCCUUCUCCGUCAACAAGCUCUCCCAAUACAUGCACUCUCCAUCCACCCAUCAUUGGCAGUGUCUCAAACGGCUACUUCGCUAUGUUUGUGGUACUAUCUCCUAUGGCUUAUCCAUCCGGCGCUCCUCUCUUCCUAUACGCAUCACAGCCUUUGCCGACUCUGACUGGGCCGGGAACAUUGAUGAUCGUACAUCCACCUCCGCCUAUCUAGUAUACCUGGGCUCCACGCUCAUCUCCUGGCGUUCUCAGAAACAACGGACGGUUGCCCGCAGCAGUACGGAAGCAGAAUAUCGUGCCAUCGCCCAUGCAACUGCUGAGCUGGAAUGGGUUCGCAAUCUCUUACAAGAGCUUCAUCAGCCCCUCACCGAGUCUCCCACUGUUCUCUCCGAUAACCUUGGUGCCACGUAUUUCAGUGCCAACCCGGUUUUCCACUCUCGCAUGAAGCAUUUGGCUCUUGACUAUCAUUUUGUUCGCCAGCUCGUUCAGUCAGGUCGUCUCAGUGUCCGCUACAUACCGACUGCUCAACAAUUGGCCGACAUGCUGACCAAACCACUUCCCGCCGCUCGGUUCCUGCUACUUCGUUCCAAGAUUGGACUCGUUGACACCUCCUCCAUCUUGCGGGGGCGUAUUAGAGAAAAAGAAUAAAAAUUCUUUUUACUUUUCCCUUGUUACUCGGCCCUCUCUCUCCCUGUAACCUCUCCACUUCUCCUGUACUCUCUCCACUUCCCUUCUUCCUCUCAACUGUAUCUCCUGUAAAGCUGUAUAAAACAGAACUCAAUAAACAGAAGCAAAUCACGUUGGAUUGCAUUCUGAUUUUCCUCAACAACAAAUCCUCUUUUCCAACAACAUAAACAUGAUCACACUUAUGUGUGACGUAUAAAAGUGGUGCCUACUUGAAUACUUUUUUUUAUAUUAGUUUCGUAUCGGGGUACGUAACUUGCAUUACCUAACGUGGAAGAUAUAUACACACUCGGCUCUCUACAAUUAACCCUAGCCGAGAUACUACAUCUAAUGGGGCCAGCCCUUUGAUACAAGGCCUUAGGGCCGAAUAACCAUUAUAAUACUCAACAAAUAGUUUAGCGAUAUCAAUAUUUCGACUUUUUAUAACUUAAGUUCUUGAGAGAUUUCCAAAUAUUGAUAUUGUAUCAUUUCUUUGAGGUGCCGUUUGGAUGGGGGAUUGUCGUACGUGGAGGUUAAGGAUUUCCCCAGAAUCCCUCACCUUCCAGGAUUUAUUUUUGAAAAAAAUCACUAAAUCAUGCCCUUUUCUGCAAAUCAAUUUUCAAUUUUGUGAUUUCUCAUGUAAUGGUAAGGACCUAAUUGAUAAACCCACAGACUCGUACGAAGGGAAUUGAAAACCAACACCUUCAACUCAACAUAAGACACUAGAACAAUCCAAUCUCUUUCAGAGGAACAGGUAGGGGGUUUGGGCUUCGAGAAUUUUGAAAUCACAUACAAAUUAUAUCGUAUUUUGAAAAAUUACAUAUAAAACUAAGGUUAUUUUGUUAAUAAAUUGUGUGAGAAAUAAUAAGCCGUGGGAUCUCGAGGUAGUCCGGCGGAAAUUUAAUUGCAAUUUUCACCAAGAUCUAGGUUUGAGCUUGGUUGAAAGCAAUCUUUUUAUAUUUUUAACCUUGUUGAUUUAAUGUGAUCAAAUAGCAAAACCAACGAUUUAAUUUUAAAAGUUUGUUUUGUAAGUCCUAUAAUUUCAAAGUAGAUCAUUUAAACUCUUCAACUUUUAAUUUUCAUAGUUUGUUUCACAAGUCCUUCCACAAUCACGUAGGACUUAGCGAAACUAGAUUUGGGUCCAAAUACGAGAGAUAUAGUAUUUUAAAGUUUGUACACCGUCCCUGGAAUAUUCAUGAUGUUCAUAUCUUAACUAAUGUAGGUGUAUCUCUUUCGUUUAAUGUCAAAACCAUCUAUCGUUUGCACUCAUAAGAAUAACGUUUUCAACUAGAACAUGACCUAAGACAAGGUUGUGUCAUGAACAAACUUUACCGUUUUGACAAUCUCUUGUUACAUUCGAAUUUCCUAACUAAUUUCUUAGACAGUUCCAAAGGAAAAACUAUUUUAGGAGCAUUUUUACACGUAAAAAUAAGUUUCUGAAACUCUAGGAUUGUCAUUUAACUAAUUAGCUUGACGCAAAAUACCCCAUACAUAUGUCCAAACCAAGAUUGAACUCAACGCGGUAAUAUAAGAGUGUUCUAUCG